AUGAGAAGCAGGUGUCUUCUUCAAGUUGCUUCGGUCUUGUCGUCACUCUUUUUGACAAAAGCACACGAUGUGAGCGGAACCGGUGUCUCCUGCAUUAGAUCCAGUCCUGCAGGGGGACAGACGCGCGUCUCGUUCGUGCGUCAGGACAGGAGCGGCGCGCGCUCCUUGUUGCUCACCCUGUGGUCCGAGGACGCGGAGCUGCUCGCCUGCGAGGUGCAUUCCGACCCGCGAGUCACGGAGAGCUACGCCAAGAUUUGCGAGAAAAACGACACCCGGGGUCAAGAAGUCUUCUGGAAGUUCAACCUCAGCGUCCUGCAGGCCCCGGACGGGCCCUGCUCGCCUGCCUCCCGCAGCGCGCCGGGGACCGGGGGCGCGGAGGGCAACAGGCGGAGGAAACGCGCCUGGAUAUUCCCGGGGACUCUGUGGUGCGGCAGCGGGAGCAAAGCCGGUGGAUAUGAUCAGUUAGGGAUGUUCGAGAGUGCAGACAGAUGCUGCCGUGAGCACGAUCACUGCCGGCACAUCAUCCCGGCUUUCACAGUGAAUUAUGGCGUCUUCAACUCAAACGUUUUCACCGUUUCACACUGCGAGUGCGACCAAAGGUUUCGGGAGUGCCUCCUGGGUGUUAAUGACAGCAUUUCUUCCAUGGUGGGCUACAGCUUCUUCAACAUCCUCCAGGUCCCCUGCUUUGAGCUCAGGCAGCAGCGGCGCUGCACGGAGAUGUACUGGUUUGGAAUGUGCAAAGUAGCCGGAGUGGCUCCAUAUGCUGUCUUUAAAAAUCCACUUCCUUUCAACACCUCUGACAGCACCGCUACAAGUAAACCUCCUGAUGCUGAAAACAACCAGGGGCAGCUGGUAACCAAAAGCCCCACAAUCAACCCUCGAAGAAAGUCACCCAAAGCCCAAGUUCGAUGUGACUCCAGAGAUCCACCCCGAGGAGACACUUUCCACCGCAGAACAUCAAAAGGGAAAGGAUGCAGACGACGCCAGAAUCUCUCUAAAGCAGCACCUUCUGAAAUGCGUCCAGCGUCGAGGACACCCUCCACCACUGAGAGGAUGAAAACAGACAUCCUGAAUGCUUUCAAAAGCAACUCGUCUUUGUCAAAUAAAAAAACAGCUGGAAGAAGAAACAAGAUUAUCAGCAAGAAGUCAGAGAUUUCCUCUACAAAACCACCAAACACCCUGCCUGUGACACCGCAUCUCCACCCAACAACAGCCGUCGUAUCACUGGCUAAAAGCAAUAACAAACGCAAAAAAGCACCAAAGCAAAAUGACUGCUGCGGACCGAGGAUACCUGCAGGUGGCGAGACCAUUCAGCUACACUGUAAGAGCUGCCAUGAACAAGAAAAUUUAUCCCACCAGAUGACUGCUACACAAGAAAAAUCAGCUGUGAAUGGCUUUCAGGCCAAGCUGGCAACUCUGGAAAACCUCCAUCUGAAAAAGAAAGCAGAAACAUCCAAAAGGCACAGUUUGACAAUACUCUCAGAUGCAGUUAUUACCGCAGUACCUGUCACAACAAAUUCACCAGAAUCUCCUGACAGAAAGAGCAAGCAGGAAAAUCGGUUGAAGCCGUUUGUGAAGGAAGAGCCUGCUUCCAGUGACACUGCCCAGAGCACACACACAGCGACAAGCCUUCACCAGAAUAACGCUCCUCCCAAUAAAACAGAUCAUAAACACUGGUGUGAAAGCCUCAAAAUUCUGGAUGAGUGUAAAUUCAAGAUCCCUCCUUGGGAGAACAAAUAUGAGCUGCAGAACUGGGAGUCAAAGACCGCCUACCACUGUGACUGCACCGCCCGCUUGGCAUUGGAGCUGGAACGCUUGGAGCAGCCGAGUAUUGUGCCCCGUCUUCUGGUGGAUUUCGUCUCUCAACAGUGCUUUACACUGCCAAAGGAGAAGAAAUGCCAUCACAGAAAGAGCUGCACUGGAGGCUUCGCUAAAGCUUCUGACCUACAUCAAGCACUUAAGAAGAUAGAGGAAAAAGACACUACUGGGGUGCAAAAUUCAAACAAGACAAGAAAAAGAGGGAUUCCUGUCCGCCUUUAUAAGCGCUGCCUGAGGCUAAGGAAAGAAGCUGAUUUAAUGGCAGAGAACAGAUGAUUGUAGACUGAGCUGCUAUGAGCAGCAGCAGUACAUUUUUAUGAGCUUCCAUGCAGCUUCUCUGGUUUCCAUCCGAUGGUGUGAAAUGGAAAAAAAAAAAAAACUAAAGCCCUCAAAUAUUAAUAUCCUUCUGUAAAUGUGCUUUAAUGAAUGUGAAUUAUGCAUCAUGUAUUUAAGUUAU